ACCACAUAGUAAGGACAUUGUAGUCAAUUCUCAGUGUGUACAAAAACUUUACUUUCUCUUUUUUUUUCUAUCUUUCCACAAAAUUUGCUGUGUUGUUUAUUUUCUCUCUCCUCAACAUUAUUCGCAUUCGUACAGAAGAAGUUUAUUCAGUCCUCAACCUCAUUUUCUGGCGCUUUCUCUCUCCUCACUAGCAGUCUUUUUACCACUUCCAUUAAUGGCGGCGAAUUUGGCCGAUGAUGUUUGGCCUCCUGGUUUCCGAUUUCAUCCGACUGACGAAGAAUUGAUUCUUUACUAUUUGAAAAGGAAGAUCUCGCAUCGCAAAUUGAAACUUGAUAUAAUCGCUGAAGUUGAUGUUUAUAAGUGUGAGCCUGAAGAAUUACCUGGGCUAUCUGUACUGAAGAAUGGGGACCGACAGUGGUUCUUUUUUAGCCCAAGGGACAGGAAAUACCCAAAUGGAUCAAGGGCUAACAGGGCUACAAGACAAGGGUACUGGAAAGCAACUGGAAAGGACCGCACUAUUGCCUGUAACUCCAGGAAUGUGGGCAUUAAGAAAACUUUGGUAUUUUACAGGGGCCGCGCACCUACUGGUCAGCGUACAGAUUGGGUGAUGCAUGAGUAUAUAUUAGAGGAAGAUGAGCUUAAGAGGUGCCAAAAUGUUCAUGAUUAUUAUGUUAUUUACAAGGUUUUUAAGAAGAGUGGUCCAGGUCCUAAGAAUGGGGAGCAGUAUGGAGCCCCUUUUAGGGAGGAAGAUUGGGCUGAAGAUGAUUGUCCCAAAAGCACUAGCAGCUGCGACCAGCUUAAUACAGCUCAGCAAGUUGGCAAUGAUUCUCCUACUGAUAGUUGUACGUAUGCCGAAGUAGAUCGAGCAGUGAACAACAUUUGUGAGCUUUUAGACUGUGUACCUGAUGAGCCUAGACCAUUGCCAGUGAAUAUUGAUGACUUUGAGCAAGCACUAUCUCAGUUUCUUGGUGAAGAAGACAAUCAGAGUACGGUUACAAAUCCAUCAUAUGAGGAAGCCAAUAAUACACUUGUGCUCGAUGAUGAUUUUAUUGAAAUGGACGAUCUUUUUGGUCCAGAACCUGUCCAAGGUCUCAGUACAGUGCUUCCACAACCAACCGGUGGAGUAAUUCCAGAGGAUUCGCAGUUGAGAAUAGAAGAUGGGUUGAGUGAAUUCGAUUUGUAUUAUGAUGCUGACGCCAUUCUUCGUGAUUUGGCACCUAAUGAUCAGACAGUGCCUCCUGCUGAAUUUCAUAGGUCACAGGAAAAUUAUUAUUUUAACCAAGUGGAAGGGCUUUCGUUUUCAGGGGAUGAGUUGUGGACUUAUGAUUCUACUGUCUGCAACUUCAACUCCACAGAUAACAAGGGAUCUAUGCCCUUACCAUCCACAGGUGUUAUAUAUGGCGGCAUGUCUGCAGCUAUCUCCACUGACUUGAAUCAAAGUCAAGAGGCUGAAAAGUCUCAACCUUGGUCAUCUACUAUAUGGUCAUUUGUGGAGUCUAUACCUGCCGCCCCUGCAUCAGCUGCGGAGAGCGCUUUGUUGAACAAGGCGUUUCAUAGGAUGUCUAGUUUCGGUAGGGUAAGAAUAAAUUCCAAAAAUACCAUCUCUGCUGCCGCACUUAGUGCUAAUAAGUCUUCAAGUGCAGGUGUAGGAGGCAGGAUGAAGGGAUACUUCAUAUUUUCAUUUUUGGCUGCCUUGUUUGCUGUAGUAUGUGUAUUUAUUGGUUCAAAUGCUAGUGUUUUUGGUAAAUUACACUGUCGUAUGAAUUUGUAAGUUAAUUUUAUCAUGACAUCCAAUAUUAUAAUGUAUGGGUUGGGUGGGAUUCGAGGGAAGAAUAUUGAGUGUAAAUAUGGCAUGUGUAGAGCCUUACUAUUAUACAGGAAUAGUCUAUAUAGACUAUCAUUGAAAUUUCUUGUUUGUUUUAGCUUAUUAACUCUUUUUUGUAUUUUGUUUUUUGGUUUCUUCAAUGGGUUCAAUGCUUGCCCCUUCAUUGGUAUUUUGCGUGCUUGUCUGAUUGACAUAAAAAUGGGAGUAAAACUUUCUAGGAAGUGGAAGAAUGUGAAGUCUUACUUUGUAGGAAUUUCUACUUGCAUAAUGGAGGAAACUAUUAUCUAAGUUCCUAUAAGAUAAGCAGAACUGUCAUAUAAUUUUGUGCUUUUUGGGUUUCUCAGGAAGCGAAGCUACAUUGGAAACAACUUUCUAGCUAGUACUUCUUAUGUUCGUUCAACUGGCUGCUCCGUCAAUGCUUCCGGCAGAGAGCUAGUAAAACGAUACAAGUGUACUACUAGAUUGUGUGGUUUAUGUGUAUGUUAUAUGCUUAUAAUUGUUUGUUUUA